GUGUGUACAUGAAUGCAGCAUAGUGGCGUAACAGUUGCGCAUGCGCCACGAAGUCCAGUUUGAAGCUUUUAUUUUGGCGGCUACAGACGGAGCGGAGAGCUGCUGGAGUCUUCAGACAAGAACCAGAAUGGAGGAGCAGAACCAGGACCAGAACCCCACGAGGAGGAACAAAGCGGGAUCAUCCUCUGAUACCACCGGUCGGCAGAAACAUGGAGGCCAAAGAAAACCUAAACAUCGAGGUGGUCGAGGCUGUAAGAAAGUUUUCACUGGUGCAUCACGACCAAAGAGAUGUCAGAAGAUUCAGGUUGGAGAGAAACCGUACACCUGUGAUCAGUGUGGAGCAGCUUUCACUGUAUCUGGUGCUUUAAAAAAUCACCAACGUAUUCACACUGGAGAGAAACCUUACAGGUGUGAUCAGUGUGGAGCAGCUUUCACUGUAUCUGGUGCUUUAAAAAAUCACCAACGUAUUCACACUGGAGAGAAACCUUACAGGUGUGAUCAGUGUGGAGCAGGUUUUAGUCAGUCAGGUGAUUUAAAAAGUCACCAACGCAUUCACACUGGAGAGAAACCUUACAGGUGUGAUCAGUGUGGAGCAGCUUUUAGUCAGUCAGGUGAUUUAAAAAGUCACCAACGUAUUCACACUGGAGAGAAACCUUACAGGUGUGAUCAGUGUGGAGCAGCUUUCACUAUAUCUGGUGCUUUAAAAAGGCACCAACGUAUUCACACUGGAGAGAAACCUUACAGCUGUGAUCAGUGUGGAGCAGCUUUCAGUGAGUUAGGUCAUUUACAAAGUCACCAACGUAUUCACACUGGAGAGAAACCUUACAGGUGUGAUCAGUGUGGAGCAGCUUUCAGUCAGUCAGGUCAUUUAAAAAGUCACCAACGUAUACACACUGGAGAGAAACCUUACAGGUGUGAUCAGUGUGGAGUAGCUUUCACUAUAUCUGGUGCUUUAAAAAAUCACCAACGUAUUCACACUGGAGAGAAACCUUACAGGUGUGAUCAGUGUGGAGCAGCUUUCACUGUAUCUGGUGCUUUAAAAAAUCACCAACGUAUUCACACUGGAGAGAAACCUUACAAGUGUGAUCAGUGUGGAGCAGCUUUCAGUUUAGCUUGUGCUUUAAAAAGUCACCAACGUAUUCACACUGGAGAGAAACCUUACAGGUGUGAUCAGUGUGGAGCAGCUUUCAGUUUAGCUGGUGCUUUAAAAAAUCACCAACGUAUACACACUGGAGAGAAACCUUACAGGUGUGAUCAGUGUGGAGCAGCUUUCAAUCAGUCGGGUCAUUUAAAAAGUCACCAACGUAUUCACACUGGAGAGAAACCUUACAGGUGUGAUCAGUGUGGAGCAGCUUUCACUAUAUCUGGUUCUUUAAAAAGUCACCAACGUAUUCACACUGGAGAGAAACCUUACAGGUGUGAUCAGUGUGGAGCAGCUUUCAAUCAGUCAGGUGCUUUAAAAAGGCACCAACGUAUUCACACUGGAGAGAAACCUUAAAUGUGCCAGGAGGAUGGUGCAGCUUGUAUUCAUUCAGACUAUUAAAAAAAUUAUACCAAAUGUUGUGGAAAAACUAAUGUGUACUGCUGGAUUAAAACUUUAUUAACAAAGGUAUCACUAAGAAGACCUGUGAGGUAAAACAAAAUGAUAUUGUGCAUAUUUGUAAAGUUUUGGCAAACGGUAGGGGGAUUUGCAGCCACUUCUUGUAAAUGUUUAGUAAAGUUAUGAAGUUUAGUAAUAGAAAGAUGACCUCCCUCUGAAGAGAAACUGUUCUGCAGCUGUUCUGUAGCAACUGUGAGGUGAUUGUCGCAACAUAUUUGAGUUUGAAUUAAAUAAUACUGUAUAUAACUAUGUACUUUGUUAGUCAUAACAGAGUAAUAAUAAUACUAAUGGUUUAGAUUUAUUUAGUGCUUUAUCAAGGCACCCAAAGUGCUUUACAUUGUGAAUCCGUUAUUCAGUCACACGCUGAUGGUGGAAGCCAAGUUGUACAAAUAAAUGAGUUGUUUACAGUA